AGUAACUGCAGAAGCGUCGCCGAGUGGCACACAGACCUGCCAGGGUGGUGGUGGAGCAAGCGCAGCUGUUUAUUUAUUUGUGUACAUAAUUUUUCGUACCCGUGUCGUACCUCGCCACCCGUGGAAAUGUUUAACAGUCUUUUAAGGGACUUUGAUGAGGAUCCAUUCUUUUCCGAUCCAUUCCAGGCCCAUAAUGAGCGAAUGCGUCAGAUGAUGCGUAGCUUCUCAGAGCCCUUUGGCCACACCCCCUUCACGCCCUCAAUCACAGAGGGGCGGAGCCAACCACACAACAGCACAGCACUGCAGGAGCACCACAGGGGCAUGAGCCAAUCACUGCUGCCCUUCGGCUUCGGGGAUCACAUGGGUAUAGACCUGAGGAAUCCCUUCAGUCUGAUGGACAACAUGAUGAUGGGGAUGAGGAGCAGGAUGGACGACAUGCACAGGAACUUCGAGAACUCUUCUUCAGAGCCCCCUAGUGGUCACUCCUUCAGCUCCUCCUCCAUCACCACCUACUCGAAAGUCGGCAACCAGCCGCCCAAAGUCUUCCAGGCGCAGAGCCAGACGCGCCGCGCACCCGGAGGGGUGCGUGAGACGCGGCGUAGCCUGAAGGACUCGGAGAGCGGCGUUGAGAAGAUGUCUAUUGGCCACCACAUCCAGGACCGAGGACACCUGGUGGAGAAGAAGAGAAACCACAAGACGGGAGAGAGAGAGUUCAACCAAGACUUCCAGAACAUGGACGAGUCGGAGGCGCAGGCGUUCGAUGACGAGUGGCAGCGUGAGGUCACCAAGUUCCAGCCGGUGGCGCCCAUGUCCAUGCUGGAGGCCCCGCCCCCACACCACACGCACCACCAACAAGCCCAGCCACGCACCGUCCACCGAGCCGCCAUCGCCGCGCCCAUCGACUCCAGGAAUCCUAAUGCAGGGGGGAGGCAGACCCACACCCGUGAGAUCAAGAUCCAGAGGCCUGGACUGCAGGAACCCUGAGAGACGAGAGGAGAGAUGAGACGAGAGGAGACGGAGAACGCAAUUAAACUCCAAUUUAACUCCAAUUAAACUCAAAUUAAACUCAAUUAAACUCCAAUUAAACUCUAAUUAAACUCAA